GUGGGUGGGGCUCCAGGUGCCAGCUAGCUGAAGAAUGGCCACGCCUGUGGUCACCAAGACGGCCUGGAAGCUGCAAGAAAUUGUCGCCCACGCCAGCAAUGUGUCCUCACUGGUGCUGGGCAAAGGCUCCGGGCGGCUGCUGGCUACCGGUGGGGAUGACUGUCGUGUCAACCUGUGGUCCAUCAACAAGCCCAACUGCAUCAUGAGCCUGACGGGUCACACGUCACCAGUGGAGAGCGUCCGCCUCAACACCCCUGAGGAGCUCAUAGUGGCCGGCUCCCAGUCGGGCUCCAUCCGCGUCUGGGAUCUGGAAGCUGCCAAAAUUCUUCGCACCCUCAUGGGACACAAAGCCAACAUCUGCAGCCUGGACUUCCACCCAUAUGGCGAGUUUGUAGCGUCUGGUUCCCAGGACACAAACAUCAAGCUCUGGGACAUCAGGAGGAAAGGCUGUGUGUUCCGAUACAGGGGACACAGCCAGGCUGUGCGGUGUCUCCGGUUCAGCCCCGAUGGGAAGUGGUUGGCAUCAGCUGCCGACGACCACACAGUGAAGCUCUGGGACCUGACUGCCGGUAAGAUGAUGUCCGAGUUCCCUGGCCACACGGGGCCUGUCAAUGUGGUAGAGUUUCACCCCAACGAGUACUUGCUGGCAUCUGGCAGCUCUGACAGGACAAUCCGCUUCUGGGAUCUGGAGAAAUUCCAGGUGGUGAGCUGCAUUGAAGGGGAGCCGGGGCCUGUCAGAAGCGUCCUCUUCAACCCUGAUGGCUGCUGCCUGUACAGUGGCUGCCAGGACUCUCUGCGCAUCUACGGCUGGGAGCCCGAGCGCUGCUUUGAUGUGGUCCUGGUCAACUGGGGCAAGGUGGCUGACCUGGCCAUCUGCAACGAGCAGCUGAUAGGCGUGGCCUUCUCCCAGAGCAACGUCUCUUCUUAUGUGGUGGACCUGACACGGGUCACCAGGACAGGCACGGUGGCCCAGGACCCCGUGCAGGACAGCCGGCCCCUGGCGCAGCAGCCUUCCAACCCCAGCGCCCCACUUCGGCGCAUCUAUGAGCGGCCCAGCACCACCUGCAGCAAGCCUCAGAGGGUGAAGCAGAACUCGGAGAGCGAGCGCCGCAGCCCCAGCAGCGAGGACGAGAGGGAGGAGCGGGAGUCCCGGGCUGAGAUUCAGAACGCCGAGGACUACAACGAGAUCUUCCAGCCCAAGAACAGCAUCAGUCGGACACCGCCCCGCAGAAGUGAGCCCUUCUCUGCACCCCCAGAAGAUGACACGACCACAGCAAAGGAGGCAGCAAAGCUCAGCCCUGCCAUGGAUGUCCAGUUCCCGAUGCCAAACCUCGAGGUCCCAGCCCGGCCCCCCAUCACCUCCUCCACACCUGCACCCGAGGCUGAGCCUGCCAUCAUCCCUGCCACCCGGAAUGAGCCCAUUGGGCUCAAAGCCUCCGACUUCCUGCCUGCUGUGAAGAUCCCCCAGCAGGCAGAGCUGGUCGACGAGGAUGCCAUGUCCCAGAUCCGCAAAGGCCACGACACCAUGUGUGUGGUGCUCACCAGCCGCCAUAAGAACCUGGACACAGUGCGGGCUGUGUGGACCACAAGCGACAUCAAGACAUCCGUGGACUCUGCUGUGGCCAUCAAUGACCUGUCGGUGGUGGUGGACCUCCUCAACAUCGUCAACCAGAAAGCCUCCCUGUGGAAGCUGGACCUGUGCACCACAGUCCUGCCCCAGAUCGAGAAGCUUCUGCAGAGCAAGUAUGAGAGCUACGUGCAGACAGGCUGCACCUCCCUGAAGCUGAUCCUGCAGCGGUUUCUGCCUCUGAUCACUGACAUCCUGGCAGCUCCGCCCUCCGUGGGCGUGGACAUCAGCCGCGAGGAGAGGCUGCACAAGUGCCAGCUCUGCUACAAGCAGCUCAAGAGCAUCGGGGGCCUUGUCAAGAGCAAGUCUGGCCUGAGUGGCCGCCACGGCAGUGCCUUCCGCGAGCUGCACCUGCUCAUGGCCAGUUUGGACUGAGGAGUCUAGUGGGUGGGGGUGUCCGGCAGCCCACGGGGCCUGGCCUCUGCUCCCACCUCUCCCUGUGCGCCCGCUGGUCUAUGAGCCUCUGCCCGGCCCCACCGCUGCCCUGCAGGAGAUAGUGCCGGACUCUUGAGACAAGUCUCCAGUAACAGCUGCCAGCUUUGCCCAACUCUUGCUUCUUGGGGCAGCAAGUCCUGAGAUUAUUGCUGUAAUUUAUAAGAUGAAAUUUUAUUAAAAUUUGUAACUAUU